UUGGCGCUGGGACGGAACCCGGGUUCCUCUCCAACCCGGAAUGUGAGGCUUCGGCUCAGCUGUGGGUUGUUCCUGUCCCGCUCUUUUCUCCAGGCCUGUGUCGGUUGCCGCUGCCCCUCGGCUCGCCUCAGGAGGAACCAGGGCGGCCGUGCCCUUCUGUAGUGUGCCCGCGUGGCUGCCGCCGCCGCCUCUCCGAAUCCUCCGGGGCAGCCGAGGAGUUCGCUACGGAGGGAGGCGGGGGCCUUCGGGAGGAGGAGGCGGAGGAGGCGGAGGAGGAGGGAAGGAAGAUGGCGGCCGUGGAACUAGAGUGGAUCCCAGAGACUCUUUACAACACCGCCAUCUCCGCUGUCGUGGACAACUACAUCCGCUCCCGCCGAGACAUCCGCUCCUUGCCCGAGAACAUCCAGUUCGAUGUUUACUACAAGCUUUACCAACAGGGACGUUUAUGUCAACUGGGCAGUGAAUUUUGUGAAUUGGAAGUUUUUGCUAAAGUAUUGAGAGCUUUGGAUAAAAGACAUUUGCUUCAUCAUUGUUUUCAGGCUUUGAUGGAUCAUGGUGUUAAAGUUGCUUCAGUUUUGGCAUACUCAUUCAGUAGACGGUGCUCAUAUAUAGCAGAAUCAGAUGCUGCAGUAAAGGAAAAAGCUAUUCAGGUUGGCUUUGUUUUAGGUGGCUUUCUUUCAGAUGCAGGCUGGUACAGUGAUGCUGAGAAAGUUUUUCUAUCUUGCCUUCAGCUGUGUACUCUGCAUGAUGAGAUGCUUCACUGGUUUCGGGCAGUGGAAUGUUGUGUGAGGUUGCUUCAUGUACGAAAUGGAAACUGCAAAUAUCAUUUGGGUGAGGAAACAUUUAAGUUAGCUCAGACAUACAUGGACAAACUGUCAAAACAUGGCCAGCAAGCAAACAAAGCUGCACUGUAUGGAGAGCUGUGUGCACUACUAUUUGCAAAGAGUCAUUAUGAUGAGGCAUACAAAUGGUGCAUCGAGGCAAUGAAAGAAAUUACAGCAGGCUUGCCAGUCAAAGUUGUGGUGGAUGUUUUAAGACAAGCUUCUAAGGCUUGUGUAGUAAAACGUGAAUUCAAGAAGGCAGAACAGUUAAUUAAACAUGCAGUGUAUUUGGCACGGGAUCAUUUUGGAUCCAAACACCCAAAGUACUCUGAUACACUGCUAGAUUAUGGGUUCUACUUACUCAAUGUAGAUAAUAUCUGUCAGUCUGUUGCAAUUUAUCAGGCAGCCCUUGACAUUCGACAGUCAGUGUUUGGUGGCAAAAAUAUCCAUGUAGCAACAGCUCAUGAAGACUUGGCUUAUUCUUCUUAUGUUCACCAGUAUAGUUCUGGGAAAUUUGACAAUGCACUAUUUCAUGCAGAAAGAGCUAUUGGUAUCAUUACUCACAUCCUACCUGAAGAUCAUCUUCUUCUGGCUUCUUCAAAGAGGGUGAAAGCACUUAUUUUAGAGGAGAUUGCAAUCGACUGUCAUAAUAAGGAAACUGAACAGAGGCUGCUUCAAGAAGCCCAUGAUUUGCACCUGUCUUCACUUCAACUCGCUAAAAAAGCUUUUGGAGAAUUUAACGUGCAGACAGCAAAACACUAUGGAAACCUUGGGAGACUGUAUCAGUCAAUGAGAAAAUUCAAGGAAGCUGAAGAAAUGCACAUCAAAGCAAUUCAGAUUAAAGAGCAACUUCUUGGUCAAGAAGAUUAUGAAGUAGCCCUUUCAGUGGGACAUCUGGCAUCUUUAUAUAAUUAUGACAUGAAUCAGUAUGAAAAUGCUGAGAAACUGUAUUUACGAUCUAUAGCAAUUGGAAAGAAACUUUUUGGUGAAGGCUACAGUGGACUGGAAUAUGAUUACAGAGGUCUCAUUAAACUUUACAACUCCAUUGGAAAUUAUGAGAAAGUAUUUGAAUAUCACAAUGUUCUGUCUAACUGGAACCGGUUGCGAGAUCGGCAGUAUUCAGUGACCGAUGCUCUUGAAGAUGUCAACACCAGCCCCCAGUCCACUGAAGAAGUGGUGCAGUCCUUCCUGAUUUCUCAGAAUGUUGAGGGACCAAGCUGCUGAGGGAGGACCUCAGUUAACCAAUUACCUUUUCCCAGAUUCCAGGGAAUUCAUACUGUGAAAUCAAAACCAUGUUGUUUGGGGGCUGGGUUUGCAUUGAAACACUGGUCCAGUCCCUUGAAGACCCUAUUUUGGGUAACCCUAUCUUGCAGAGUGUCAGUAGAAUAAGCAUAUAUUCAGUUAUAUUCAGCAUGUAAUGCAUGGAUAAGUAGUCUGGCCCAUAUUUUAAACUUAGUAGAGCAAACAGGAAAUCUUUUUUUUUUCUUUUCUUUUUAAAAAAAGAAUUCAUUUUGCAAAAAGCCCGAAAGAAAAAAAAAAAGAACCCCUAAAUAAAACUAUUUAAGAGUUU